GGAGGGAGGGAUGGUGUCACGUGACUGGGUCGCUCAUGAACGCUGCCAGUUCACAUGACGGACCCAGACACUGUUUAUUCAUGCUGCGGGACUGAGAUCGAUAAUUACGCACAGUUUCGGGUACUUUUCCGUCUGCAGGAGCUGAUUUACAGCAACGUAACAUCCCCGUCCACCCCAUCAUCGGACGACAGAUACAGAUAAACAUCCAUCAAAGGAGCUCCAUCACCAUUCGGCGUUGCUUCACUUGGAGCUAACGAUCCCUGCAGGCAGGUGCAGGAGCAGCAGCUGACCCGCCUGCGCCUACAGCGGAGACACAACCCCUCCUCCGGCAAUUCCCCCAUCUUUUUCGGCGGAGGAAACCUGUGCAUUUAAGAUGAAAGUCCGCCAGUGUUUAGCCCCGCUUUUCAUCGCCUGCUUUGGGGUUUUGGGUUGCAUUCAGGCGGUGACUCUUGAGGUGAAGGAGAGGAACUCCACCUGCAUCAAAGCCGAGCUGUCUGCGUUACUCUUCAUCACUUACACCACCUCCAACAGCACAAGGAAUGUUUCCACCUCUCUGCCCAACUCCACCUCAGUCGAUGCAGCAAGCAGCUCGUGCGGCGAAGACGGCCGCCCGCCGUGGCUGGUGGCGGUGUUUGGAUCGGGCCACGCGCUCGGCCUGAGCUUCUCAACCAACGGGAGUUUUUAUAGCGUCACCAACCUGACGCUGCAGUACAACCUGAGCGACGCAAAGCUUUUCCCUGAUUCCAACGGUUCUGGUGUAGUGACUGUGGUGAGUGCUUCAGUUGGGAUCUCGGCUCUGAUCAACACCACCUACCGCUGUAUGAGUCCCACCACCAUCAGAGCCGGAGGAGCUGCCGUCACCUUCUCUGCUAUGAGGCUGGAGGCAUACAUGCCAGGAAAUGACCUCAGCCCAGCAGAAAGUGUGUGUGUGGCAGAUCAAACCACCACAGCAGCUCCCCCUACCUCUGCCAUCACUAUUAUUACAAGCACAACAGGAGCUCCAACGCCAACUCCACCAGGAACACCUGAAACCGGAACAUUCUCAGUGAAGAACAGCAGUGGUACCGUUUGUCUCCUCGCCAAAAUGGGUCUGCAGCUCAACAUCUCCUACGUCUCUCAGUCUCAAAAUAAGACUGUUCAAGAAUUAUUCAACGUGAACCCCAACCUGACCGUUUCAUCAGGAUCAUGUGGAGGCACCACUGCCACCUUAGCUUUAACACAACAAGCCACCACGCUCAACUUUACCUUCUCAGUGAACUCGACCACCACCAAAUACCACCUGAGUGGGAUAAAUCUGUUCGCCAACUGGUCCGAUAUGAGUGACCCCUUCUCAGCCAGUAACACCAGUCUGGACUAUCUUCAGAGCACACUGGGCCACUCCUACAUGUGCAACACAGAGCAAACUCUGCUGGUGGUCCCAGCUUUGUCGAUCAACACAUUCAGGCUGCAGGUACAGCCGUUUGGAGUCACAGCCAAUCAGUUUGCAGCAGCGGAGGAAUGCCAGUUGGACCAGGACCAGAUGUUGAUCCCCAUCAUCGUUGGAGCAGCUCUGGCUUUUCUGGUGCUGAUCGUCCUCAUCGCAUAUCUAAUAGGCAGGAAGAGGAGCCAUGCUGGAUACCAGACCAUCUGAUUGGACGUUUCAUUCAACCUAAACCUUACAGACUGGGUGUUGGAGAAAAAAAAAAAAAAAAGAGCGUGUGAAGGAGUUAGUACAGGAAAAGCCUGAUUAAGUGGAAACUGUUCUCUGCAUGUCCUCUGGAUAUUCUAUUUUACUUUGCGCGGGCGAUAAAAUGUGAGCUACCUGCUGACUUUAGACGAUGAUUAUCAUGACGAACCAGGAGAGGACUGAGGAGCUCACCAGUUCAGAUCUUCGCUUAUAUUGUCGACAGGUGGAAGCGUCGCUUGAAUUGUUGUUUGUUUUUUUACCUGAUUGACAAUAAAGAGGCAGGAAGAAUUAAAUGAACUGUAAGAUAUUUUAACAUCUUUAGAACUAUUUAAGUGAACUAGAGAUUUACUUUGUCCUGGAUGUUUAUUCUGUCUGGUCCUCGAUGAAAACGGAAAUCUCUAAAUAUGCCCCUAUUGAUAACUGAGCACAGUGAAGACUAAGUAAAGGGGGACAUUCUUGGAUUUUUCAACGUGGAGUAAUAUUUACCCUCCUUUCUUGCAUAUCUAAAGCUGCAGUAGGUAACUUGAAAUAAAUUUAUUUUUAUUUUUUUUUUACAUUUUUGUUAAAAGUGCCACUUUGUCCUGACAGUACAAUAUGCGACACAUGAUCUGUGAAAAAAAAAAUCAAGCUCCUCUGGCUCCUCCCAAUGGUCCUACUGCCAUUUGCAGAAAUACACCACUCCAACCAAUCAGUAGGAGUACAAAAAUAACCAAUCAGAGACAGGAGGAAUGUCUUAAGUGCCAAUCACACCGUUGUACACGCUGCUCACAACCCUCCCCACUGCAAUCUUCAAGAUUGCUGGUGUGCUGCAGCUGUGCUAAUGGUGCUGUGCUAAUCAUUUGAGGACCACGUUUGUAGUUCAAGUAUGGGCAGGUCAAAGUAAAGCAUAUUGUCGUUUCGUCCCUACCAGUGAAUGUGCCAUAGCUGUUUAUUCGCCAUCAUCAGUGGUCUUCUUACUACCUUGCACAUUCAUGGUAGGCGCCGCUGUGGGUGGAGGGCUGUAGCAUAGCAGAAAGUAAGAGGGAGGGACCUGUAAGGUGUGCUUUUUCACAUUUUCUGCCUAACUCCAGUUUCCUCAGAACUCCCUACUGCAGUUUUAAGGAUAAAGAAUUUUGAGGAGCUCCCUGAAUUUAAAGCAGGAACCAGACGGUAGAGGUUUUAUUCAAUACAGGAAGCAAUUAUCUCCUGUUCGACAAUUUAUCUGGUCUAAAUAGAGACUUCAGUCUUCAUCUGUGUGUAGCACAACUUUAUGAUCACCAGUCUUAAAGCACUUUCUACUAAAAUAAACCACGCUUCUCCCUCUGGGUUCUCCAACGAAAUUCCAGAGUGGGAUUUCAAUAAGUUUGUCCAUAAUGUCCGAUCAGGACAAUGUUUUGGUACAGAGGAGUUCCUUUGUUUGCUGGACAGAUUUUUUGUUCUGUGUGGCCCAGAUUGAACAGUCUUUGCAUUAGCAAGUUUUAAAAAUAAAACCUGAAUCCAGGUUUUGUUGCUUUUCAAUCAAACUUUUUUUUUUUUUUCUGUCUUGCAAAACAUGAUUUGACUUUUUUUUAAAUGAAAAACUUGGUCUAUUUUCUGUUACACAUUUUCCUGCAAUGUAAUAAAAACAUUUAGAGUCCA